CCGCUCUCGCGAGAUCAGCCCCGCCCGACGGCGGCCGGAGACGCGCAACGACCCCCCGGUACCGACCCCCGGUACCGACCCCCGGCACCGACCCCCUCCCGGGUACCGACCCCCCCGGCCCCGCCGUGAGCGCCCCCGGCCAUGGCCGACCCCAAAUACGCCGAUCUGCCCGGAAUCGCCAGGAAUGAACCCGACGUCUACGAGACCAGCGACCUGCCCGAGGACGACCAGGCGGAGUUCGAGGCGGAGGAGCUGAGCAGCACCAGCGUGGAGCAUCUCAUCAUCAACCCCAACGCUGCCUACGAGAAGUUCCGGGACAAGCACCUGAGCACCGAGGGUGUGGAUUUCUCCGACCGCAUCAGCAAGCCCAGGACAACGGGCUACAAGGCUGGGGAGUAUGAAAUGCUGGGCGAGGGGCCGGGUGCCAGAGAGACGCCGCAGCAGCGGUACCAGCGGCUGCAGCACGAGGUGCAGGAGCUGGUGCGGGAGGUGGAGCAGAUCCAGAGCGUGGCCAAGGACACGGCGGCGCAGGAGGAGCUGACGCCCGUGGCGCUGGCGCGGCAGCUGGAGGGGCUGAAGCAGCAGCUGCUCUGCAGCCACCUGCAGAAGCUGCUGGGCCCCGCCGCCGCCGUCGACCUGGCAGACCCCGACGGAGCCUUGGCCAAGCGCCUGCUGCAGCAGCUGGAGGUGGCCAAGUGCGGCAGAGCGGCGCCGGGGAAGAGCCCGUCCGGAGCCGCGGCGCCCGCCGCCGACGCCGUCACCUUCGAGCUGUUCUGGAGGCCGGAGCGGGAGCAGUUUGCCCACACGGCCAAGGUGGCCGAGCUGGAGAAGCGCCUGGCGCAGCUGGAGGCGACGCUGCAGUGCGAGCCCGACGGCCAGAACCCGCUGCUGGUGGGGCUGAAGGGCACCAGCCUGGUGGAGGCCGUGCAGGUGCUGCAGGCCAAGGUCAACCUGCUGGACGUGGCCGUGCUGGAGCAGGUGGAAGCCCGGCUGCAGAGCGUCCUGGGGAAGGUGAAUGAAAUCGCCAAGCACAAGGGCACGGUGCAGGACGCCGACACGCAGAGCAAGAUCCACCAGCUCUACGAGACGCUGCAGCGCUGGGACCCCGUGGCCAGCACCCUGCCCGACGUGGUGCAGAGGCUGCUGACGCUGCGGGACCUGCACGAGCAGGCCACACAGUUCGGGCAGGUCCUGGUGCACUUGGACACCACGCAGCAGGAGGUGGCUGCUGCUCUCAAGGACAACGCCGUGCUGCUGGCAGAGGUGCAGAAGACAAUGAAGGAGAACUUGGCCAUCGUGGAGGACAACUUUGCCGACAUCGACGCCCGCAUCAAGCGGCUGCAGAAGUGAGAGUGCCCUGGAGACCCUCCCCAGGCCCAACCCAGGCACCCACCACCCCCCUGGGCCCUGGUCACCCCCGGGGGCUCCCACCCUGCCCCCCAUCCUGCAGGUACCAGCCCUGCUUGGACAUAGCCCAGCUCUGCCUCUGCACAGCCUAGGGGCUGGGAGUGGGGCUCUUCCCCACCCCUCUGUGCCCACUUUGGGGUGGGGGGAGGGUCUCUGUACCCCCCCCAGGUUUACCCCAAUAAACAGCUCGUCUCAAA